AUGUCCAGAGAUCAUUAUAGCUUUAACUCCUUUGUGCGUGGCCACCAAGUUUAUAAGGAUGAAUGGACACCCACUGUUGGCAAGAGUUUGAACUGCGUGAGAGAACCGCUAAAUGAAAAGGACAAGAAUGCGGUUGCAGUCAUGUGAGAUGAAAAAGUGGUCGGCCACGUGCCGCUGUCCUAUUCAUGCUGUGUAAGCCAGUUUUUAGAAAUCAGCUCAAGUACUGUAACAUGCAUGGUGACUGGAAAGGGAGUAAAUCAAGGUCGUGGUUAUGGCCUAGGAGUGCCUUGCUGGUAUUCAUUUAAAAGGAACUCGCUAGCUUUGAAAUGGCUUAGUGAACGCAUUGCGAAAGAAAGAUUGUUGAGGACGUUUUGGCAAAAAAAAGAAAAACCACCGCAGCAAGAGGAAGCAGCAAGGGAAUAA